UAAAGUGCACCUAUGCUGUCAAUCAGUCUCGCGAUGUACACCCAAUCGGACCGCUAUCGUUGCUGUUUAGUGCCCUUAAUAUGUGUGACAAUUUUAGUGAUGCUAAUGGGUGCUACUUUAGCACAAACAAGUAAAACAUUCGAUUAUUGUAACGCUCGUUUAUGUUCGGGGAAGGUACGCCAUGUGGCUUGCAAUGGAUUCAAAUUCGGACGAAACUGCAGCAGACCCAUGCUCAUCAGAAUGAUACCGAAGUACUCAAACUUGAUUCUGGACUAUCAUAAUUCGAAACGGGACCAGCUUGCUUGUGGCUCCAUGCGACGAUUUGCGGGCGCAAGUGCAAUGCGAAAAUUGAACUGGAGUGACGAAUUAGCCCGCCUGGCGGAAUACAAUGCCAAGAGUUGCACCUUUGCGCACGACGAUUGCCAUAAUACUGUCAAAUAUCGUUAUACCGGACAAAAUAUAGCCAUGAAGUGGUUCCACGGUUUAAAUUAUACGGGGAUUCAAAUUGUGCGUGAUCUAUUGCGGAAAUGGUACCUGGAGCACAAAUUAACCAAACAGCGAGACGUAGAUCGCUUUGUGUUCAGUCCCUUGAGCUAUCAAAUUGGUCAUUUCACUCAGAUGGUUCACGCUGACACGACUGAAAUCGGAUGCGCUCUAGUUCGUUUUUCGAAGAAUAAAAAGAAUGUUGAUUACGUACAUUACUAUCUGGUGUGUAACUACUCCGAGGGAAACAUCGAGGAGCAGCCGGUCUAUCGAAAAGGCAGAUCGUGCAGCAAGUGCAAGCAUGGCUGCAACAGGGGCAAAUAUCGCUGCUUGUGUCGUUGAUUCGAGAUCUAACAAAGUCCACACUUAUCUAUAUUUAUCAUCAGUCUCAGAGAUAUUGCAACUUUCGACAAUUUGUAUAUAAUAUAUAAAUAUUAAAAUCAGCAAUGUCAAUGUCUUUAUUAGCGGAUCGUGCAUGUGUUCAUAUUUAAGAACCGAUAGAACCGUUCACCAUAAAAUGAAAUGAUUAACCAGGAGAUAUCCAGCUAGUUCGCAACGCUCAAUAAAUAUAGAACUCAAAGAGCCUGGCCGGGUAGGUAAGGCAGUAAAAAGUGCCCCCAAACCAUAUCACCAGCU